AUGGCGUCCGCACCAGAUACAGAGUCAAUUCCCGGCUACACAAUCUUCCGCGAGGGAGAUUAUGACAGUGUCGCUGCUGCUGCUAUGAUGCCCGAGGGCAUCCCUCACCCUUUAGAUCAACUUUCUAUCAAGGAAAUUCCGGAGGCGGCAAAGAUCAUCCGGGACUAUGCCGGCACUAAGGCUAUCAAGUUCAACUGCCUCACACUCCGGGAACCCCGGAAAGCUGAGUACCAGGCAUUCCGUGCUGGCACAGUUCCUGCCCCGGAUCGUCGCGCUUUCGCUAUUGUCAUUGUGCUCGAAACCACCCAGGUCGCUGAGGUAGUGGCCAAUCUCGCCACCGGCAAGGUCGAGGAAUGGAAAGAAGUUUCCGAAGUCAUGCCAACCCUCACCCUCGAGGAUUUGGAUGUGAUGGAGCGCAUUGCUCGCAAGGACGCUCGUGUGAUCCGUGCCUGCAAGGAAAUCGGCAUUACCGACAUGAACAAGGUCUUCCUGGACGCAUGGGCCAUUGGAAUCGACGAGCGCUGGGGCUACGAGCGCCGUCUCCAGCAGGGUCUGGCUUACUACCGUAACUCUGAGUUUGACAACCAGUACGCCCACCCUCUGGACUUCAGUGUUGUCGCAGAUACCGAGACCGAAGAGGUUCUAAGUGUCGACGUCCGCUAUGUCAACGGCGAGCGUACCGCCAUUCCCAUCAAGGAGCACAACUACCUCCCCGAGUUCAUCGGUGACAAGUACAACCAUGAUCGCCUCAAGCCAAUUGAUAUCACCCAGCCCCAGGGCGUCUCUUUCAAGGUUCGCGGCAACGAAUUGACCUGGGCCAACUUCAAGAUGCACAUUGGCUUCAACUACCGUGAAGGUAUUGUCAUUUCCGAUGUGCGCACUCACGACAUGUAUGAGGACCGCGAGCGCACUCUCUUCAAUCGUAUCUCCGUCGUCGAGAUGGUCGUCCCCUAUGGCUGCCCUGAGAAGCCCCACCACAAGAAGCACGCCUUCGAUGUCGGCGAGUACGGCACCGGUCUUAUGACCAACUCCCUCAAGCUAGGCUGUGAUUGCAAGGGUGCAAUUCACUACAUGGACGGUGUGAUGUCCACUUCUAAGGGUGAAGCCGCUGUGAUCAAGAACGCCAUCUGCAUUCACGAGGAGGACAACGGCCUCCUCUACAAGCACACUGACUACCGUGAUGGUACUGUCAUCUCCGCCCGCGAUCGCAAGUUGAUCGUCUCCCAAAUCAUCACCGCCGCCAACUACGAAUACGGCUUCUACCAUACCUUUACCCUGGAUGGCACCUACAAGCUCGAAAUGAAGCUCACCGGUAUGCUCAACACCUACUGCAUGCACCCUACCGAAACAGCCGCCCCCUACGGCACAGAGGUUGCCCCUUCAAUCAACGCCCACAACCACCAGCACCUGUUCUCUCUCCGCAUCGACCCCGAAAUCGACGGCACAAACAACUCCAUCAUCCAAAACGAUGCUGUCUCCGCUGAAGCUGCCGUUGGCUCCCCAGAAAACUUCUACGGAAACGGCUUCUACAGCAAAAAGACUCCCCUCCGCACAUCUCUCGAGGGCGCAGCAGACUACUGCUACGAAACCAAUCGCAGCUGGGAUAUCAUCAACCCCAACCGUAUGAACGCCAUCGCCAAAAAGCCCGUCGCCUACAAGAUCCUCAACAACAACUGCCCCCCGAUGCUCGCCAAGCCCGGCUCAACAGUCUGGAAGCGUGCUGCCUUCGCUCGCCACCCCCUCUGGGUCACCCCUUACAAGGACUACGAGCUCUUCCCUGCUGGUGACUACGUGUGCCAGUCCAACGGCGAGGACGGACACCCCCACAACUCCACGAUUGCUGACUGGGCGGCCCGUGAUGAGAACAUCGAAAACACCGAUAUCGUCUGCUACUUGCAGUUCGGCCUAACGCAUUUCCCACGUACGGAAGAUUUCCCUAUCAUGCCUGCCGAGCCGGUCAGCAUCAUGCUGCGGGCUUCGAACUUCUUCGAGAAGAACCCUGGUCUGUGGGUGCCUCCUUCUGCUAUCUGUGUUGAUACGCAAAGUAAGAGUGCUUUCCCUUCUUCUUGCUGUGCGCCGAGUAAAUCGCGCAUGUAA